CCUUGUUCACCCUUUUAAUCUCAUUUUAAACCAUUUAAAAAUAUUUCAUUUUUUACCUUCCCACUCCCCAACCCCCCUCAAUCUCCCGCAUCGAUGCUCUCGGCGCUCGGCACGCCCGGCCUGGCGCGCAUGCGCACCGCGCGCUGUACGGCACGGCGGUGCCACAAGAUGGCGGCGCCCGGCGGCGGCAUGGAGGGGCCGGAGGAGGCCGAGGGGUUGGUGCUGGGGCGGCUGGAGGAGGAGGCGCUGAAGCGGCGGGAGCGGCUGAAGGCGCUGAGGCAGCGCACGCUGCAGAACAAGGAGAGUGGAGAACCAGAAUCCAAAAUUCCCAGAGAAGAUGAGGAAGAGGAGCCAGUCAAGCACAGGGAGAUCAAGCUGCGGAAUUACGAUCCUGAGGAUGCAGAGCUGAAGAAGAGGAAGCUGCCCCCGGCCAAACCGGCCUCAGUGGAGGACACGGUGAAGGAGCAGCUGGAAGCAGCCAAGCCAGAGCCCAUCAUUGAUGAAGUGGAUUUGGCAAACUUGGCUCCCAGGAAACCUGACUGGGAUUUGAAGAGGGAUGUGUCCAAGAAGCUGGAGAAGCUGGAGAAGAGGACCCAGAGAGCCAUUGCUGAGCUGAUCCGAGAGCGCUUGAAAGGGCAGGAGGAGGAGCUGGCAUCAGCUGUGGGAUCAGCAAAGCAGGAGGGAAGCGACUCAGACUGAGGAGAAUCCAUCAGGAACCAGCUCUGGAUCUGCCUCACACCGACCCCGUGUCCCUCAGGUCCCUCCCUUCUCCCAAACUUCCCAAAUCCUGCCAUGCCUGGAGGAGAGGCUGAUCCCAGGAGCCUGGCUGGCUGCUGGGGAACUUCCAUGGAAAACUUUCUGGGAUCGUGGUGGGAGCAGGACAGACACCCCCAGUUAGCUGGAACUUCCUUGGAGCAAGGAAAAGUGGGAAAACUCCAGGCUGGAGCUGGAAAGGUCAAUCCAGACUCGCUGGGAAAGGAGAUUCCAACAGCCCUUGGAAAAGCAGGAUCAUUUCCCAGGACUGGUGCUCCUGUUCCUGUGCACAGACUCCUUGAGGCUCUGAGUAUUUGGGAAUAUCCAUGGCCAGCCCCAGAAUUCCUAUGGGAAGGGGCUGUGUGCUUUGGGAAUUGCUGGCUGCUCUGCAUCUGGCUGAGUGUCACGAGGAAUUUGCUUUGCUCCUGGAAUUUCCCAACCCUCCAGGAGCAUCUCACUCCCCUUCUUGGGUUUUUUAUUGUUAGUGGAUCUUUUCCUAAUAAAACAAUUCCAUGUGGGAAAAGUCACUUGUCCUGCAGAGGAGUGGGAAGAGGAGCAGUGGGAUUGAAUCCAUGGAAGUUGGAGUGGGAUUGAGUCCAUGGAAGUUGGAGGAGCAGUGGGAUUGAAUCCAUGGAAAUUGGAGGAGCAGUGGGAUUGAAUCCAUGGAAAUUGGAGGAGCAGUGGGAUUGAAUCCAUGGAAGCUGGAGGAGAAACAGUGGGAUUCAGUCUGUGUAAAUUGGAGGAGGAGCAGUGGGAUUGAGUUCAUGGAAAUUUGAGGAGGAGCAGUGGGAUUGAAUCCAUGGAAAUUGGAGGAGGAGCAGUGGGAUUGAAUCCAUGGAAAUUUGAGAAGCAGUGGGAUUGAAUCCUUGGAAGUUUGAGGAGCAGUGGGAUUGAAUCCAUGGAAAUUUGAGAAGCAGUGGGAUUGAAUCCAUGGAAAUUGGAGGAGCAGUGGGAUUGAAUCCAUGGAAAUUUGAGGAGCAGUGGGAUUGAAUCCUUGGAAAUUGGAGGUGGCCACAGCAGGUCAAGCACAGCUCCUGGGAUGGGCUGAUCCAGGUUAUUGUGUGAUCCAGGUUCUUGGGAUGAUCCCAGCCCUGUCCUCUGGAAAAGGGGAGCAGGUGGGAUCUGCCAUGCUGAUGAAAGCUGUUCUGGUGAUUCCCACAUCCUGCUGCUUUUCCCCUGGUGGAUCAUUCCCAGGGUGAUGGAUCCUUGUCCCUGUGCCAGGAUCUGCUCCUCCAUGAGGAUUUUCCACCUGCAGGAGUCCCAUUCCUGCUUCCAGGGGAUGCCAGGGAGCAAAGAGCAGCUGGAAAAUCCCUGGAUUUCUCCUCCAUUCCCAGCUUCCUUCCUUCUCCUUGGCUCUCCUGUUCCUGGUGUUUGCAGCCAUUCCUGCUCCUCCUCUCCCCUUGGAGGGGCCAUUCCCAGUGUGUGGGGUGGACCAGGCUGGAUCAGGUGUUGGGAUGUGCCUGGGGAUUCCCUCUGGAUUCUCUGGUGGGAAAACACCUGGGCUGGGAGCCCAACCAUCUGGACAGGUGGUUUUCCUAUUUUUCCUUGGAUGGGAGACAUCCUAAGUGCCCCUCACCCUUGUCCUGGGGCAAAAUAUUUCUGGAAAAGCAGUGGGAAGGUUCCAUCAGGGAAUGUUGUGGCUGUCCCUGGAUCCCUGGAAGUGUCCAAGGCCAGGUUGGACAGGGCUUGGAGCAGCCUGGGGUAGUGGAAGAUGUCCCAGCCCAUGGAAUUGGGAUGGAUGGGAUGAUCCUUUAGUUCCCUUGCAACCCAAAUUGCUCUGGAAUUCCCUGAUUCCACGGAGCCAUGGAAUCUCUGGAAUGCCCUGUAGAUGUCAGCAGAUCUCCAUGCACAAAACUCUGCUGUGUCCAGCUAUUCCCAACAGCUGGAAUCUGGAUAAAGCCCAGAUUUGCAUCCCUGACUGGGAUGCUGCCAGCUGGAAUUCCCAUCCAUCCAUCCAUCCAUCCAUCCAUCCAUCCAUCCAUCCAUCCAUCCAUCCAUCCCUUCCCUUCCCUGGCUGAAGCCACACCAAAGGUGGGAAGCAGAAGAAUUUUCCCUCGUUGACUUUCAAGGAAAAAAAUUCUCUUUAAACUGGCUCCAGUUCCAGGCACAGCUUUUCCCAGUUCCUCAAGGGAUAAUUUUCACUUUCAGCUCUCCUGGAAAAUCCAACUUGGAAAUGAAAAAUCCCAAUAUUGUUGUUUAGAACAAGCCUCAAGUGAAAUGUCCUGAAUUUCACCUUUUCUGUGUAUUUUCCAAUUUUAUUCCAGGCUGAAAUUAAGUUGGGAUAGCCCCAGAGGCCUGGACAGAUGUGGGAUCCUGGCAUGGGAAUGGGAUCCUGGCAUGGGAUUGGGAUCCCAGUGUGGGACUGGUGUCAUGGUGUAGGAUUGGGAUCCUGGCAUGGGAAUGGGAUCCCAAUAUAGGACUGGGAUCAUGGAGAGGGGCAGGGAUCCUGGCAUGGGACUGUGUUCCCAGCAUGGGACAAUGAUCCUGGAAUGGGACAGGGAUCCUGGUGUGGUGCUGGGGUUCUGGUGAGGAACAGGGAUCCCUGUGAGGAAAAUCAGGAAUUCCUUUAUCCAUAGGAAAAUCUGUUUUCCUUUGGCUAAUUUGACGUCGCUGCCUUUUGUUGAAAAUGUGAACAACUCUGACACAGCCCCAAACUGGCACUGGGGUCAAGUCCAUCCCUCAGUAUCCUCCUGGCCAUUCCCUCUGGAUUAUCCCCCACCAACAUUCUGGCCUUUUAAAAAUUGGGAUGUUUCUUUCUCCCCUCCUUGGAAAUGCCACCUCCUGCCUCUUUUCAUUGGAUUCCCUCCCACUCUCUCCACGCUCCAGCCUUGGAAGUUCUGACAUCCCUCUGCCCUAUAAAAACCAGGCCCUGGGAUGCUCUUGGCCCAGAUAAAAGGCACCAGGGUGGGCUGGAAUUUGGAGGAGAUGGCUCUGUGACACGAAGCAGGAGCAGCCCUGGAGUGCUGGAGUGGUUGGGAUUCUCCAACCUGCUGGGAUCAUGGGAAGGAAGCUUCAUCCCCAGCCCUGGCCCCUCCAGGCCGUGGUUUUGGAGUGGUCACACCCACAGCCAAGGUCUGGCUUUCAAGUGUCCAUCUGCUGCAGGGCCAUGAAAGGAAUUCCCAGUUUUUGACAGCUGCUGAAAUUCCUUUUGUGGUGCUCCCGGCCGGACUCUGCCCGAGCCGAGGGUUUUGCUGCCUCUUCCAGCUCUGGGGGGAUUUGGGAUCAUUGCUGCUUUUGGGAGAAAAUCCCUCUGCUGGGCUGCUGGCCUGACUCUACAGGUCCCAGGCUUCCAAAGCAGGUUCCUGGGAAUUUUUUUCCAUCUUUGGAAUGUCUGAGCAGAGCUGUUUGGAAUAGUUUUUUUCCUUAAAUAUUUGGGAUGCUUGGAAAAUGCUUGGCUGUUUCCAAGGGCUCUGGGAUGGUUGAUGGAGGGGAUUUGGGAAUUCUGGGGGACCUGUGGCAAUGGCAGGGGGAGAGUGGAGGGAUCCCAUGGGAUGUUUCCUACAGCACAGGGUACUUGGAUGUGGGAAUUGGGAAUCCACACCUUGGAAAUGGCCUCUGAGGGGGUAGGGAUGGGCAGCUCUUGGAAUUCUUUGGUACCUUCCAAAGGGAUGAGACCCUCCCCUGCAGAGCUGCCCUCAGCCUCAGGGGCUGGCCAAGGACUCCAAAGAACUUCCAGUCAGGAAAAUGAUCCCAGGACUUUGCCAUCCUUUUAUCCUCCUGCCCUGUUUGUUGUUAACUCUUCCAGCCAACGUUGCAGGAAUUGCCUUGGGAAGUUUUCCUGUGCUUGUUCCAGGAAGAAUGGAAAAUGUGGGAGCAGCCUCUGCUGGACACAGCCCAUGGGAUUGCUCCUGCACCUGCUCUGAGUUCCUGGGAACAGCAGUGAGCCCUGGGCAGGGAGGAGCCCAUUCCUGCUGGGAUCAGAUCCAAAGGGAAUUCCUGGAUGGAGAGCUGCUCCUGCUGCCCGUGUUGUGUUGCUGUGGAGAAAGAUUACGGAGUGGAGAGAAAACACAGCAACAAGACACUCUCUGCUUGGUGCAGGAAAGCAAGAAAAAGCAAUUUAUUGAAAGAAACCAUUGCCUUAAAUAAGGCAGAUCAUGCAAAACAAAAUACAGACAGAUCAUUGGUCAGAGAGAGAGAGACACCUCUUGUCCCAGGCUUUCCCAUGGACCUUGCAGGUGUUUAUCUCUGUUAUAAUUCUUUCUCUUAUGUUUACAGUAAAGGAAAAGUCUCUAGCUUGGGAAAAAUCCUAGCUGAGGCUGAGAAAGUUUCAUGGCCUGAGAAAAAAUACUUAGAACUUGAGAAGAAGGCCUGGCAGCUUUUGCCCAGGCCUUCAGCAGUGUCCACAAUGUUGCACUUCCCUGGAAGUGCCCAAGGCCAGGUUGGACAGGGCUUGGAGCACCCUGGGGUGGUGGGAGGUGUCCCUGCCCAUAGAAAUGGGAUUCAUGGGAUGAUCCUUAAGUUCCUUUGCAACCCAAAUUGUUCUGGAGUUCCCUGAUUCCAUGGAGCGAUGGAAUUGUGUUUUUCUGCCUCUGGGCACUCCAUGGAAGUUCAGAGAAGGUCGUGACUUGGAGCUGGGACAAUUGGAGCAGGUUCCUUCUGUCCUCUCCUCUGCUCAUCCUGUGUCCAUCACUGAUGGAUGGUGAGAGUGGAACUCGUGUCCCUUUGACCAUUGCAAAGUCAUGGAAUCAUGGAAUGGGUAGGAAGGGACCUUAAAGCUCAUCCAGUGCCACCUCUGGAUGGGCAGGGACACCUCCCACUGUCCCAGGCUGCUCCAACCCCAAUGUCCAGCCUGGCCUUGGGCACUGCCAGGGAUCCAGGGGCAGCCACAGCUGCUCUGGGAAUUCCCAAUUCCCAAUAUCCAUCCAUCCCUGCCCUCUGGCAGUGGGAGCCAUUCCCUGUGUCCUGUCUCUCCAUCCCUUGUCCCCAGUCCCUCUCCAGCUCUCCUGGAUCCCUCCAGGCCCUGCAAGGGGCUCUGAGCUCUCCCUGGAGCUUCUCCUCUCCAGGGGAACAUUCCCAGCUCUCCCAGCCUGGAUCCAGCUCUGGAUCAGCUCUGGGGGCUCCUCUGGAUCUCUCCAGCAGCUCCAGGUCCUUGUGCUGUUGGAUCCAGAGCAGCUCUGCAGGUGGGGAAUCACCUGAGGGGGCAGAGGGGCAGAAUCCCACCCUUGAUACCCUUUUCCAGCAGAAAAUUCCAACUUUUCUGCAGAACCCCAACCCCUUUCCUUGGCACAGCAAUGCUUUUCCUAAAGAGUUUUUGCCAUUCAGAACUGUUCUUCCUUUAAAAAUCCCUGUUAAAACAUGAAAACCAGGAGCUGCUUCCAGCUCUGUAGGAUUUUCCCCCCUCCUCCUCUGUAUUAUGAUAUUUGAAAUAAAAACACCCUGGGAGUUCCCAUAAAAGUCCUGCUGAAUUUAUGACGUGAUUGUUAGAGAGCAGAAAAUGUCCAAUAAAAAGGAAUUUUUCGACGAGAGCCCAACCUCCCACGGCUCUUCCCGGGCUCCAUCUGCAGAGAAGGAGCUGGACGGAAGAAAAACAUCUUGGAGGCGUUUGGAGAUUGUAAACGUAACUAAAAAUAGCAAAUCCGUGUCUUUAUUAAGGAUUUUUCCCACUGGGGAAUCCGAAGGAUUGAGGAAAACUGGAAAUUGGAUGAGCUCAUCCCACCCAGGUAGCACCAGGAACGUUUUGCUGUGUUUUUUCCCAGGAGUGUUUCCUUUCCAGCUGCCCAACUGCGAGAUUUUGACUUAUUGUUCCCAAAAAUAAUGACAUGAAGAGGAAAGAGGGAAGGACUUGGCGUUCCUCUGUGUUUAAUGGAGAAUUAUGGAUGUUUGGGAAGCUGAGGGUGGUUCUUGCCCUGGGAAUACUUGGCAGAGUCAUCCCAGCUUGAUGUUUUCCAAAAUGCUUGCUGGGGGCACUGGAGCUACUGGGAUUGUGUCCUUCAGAAAAGCUGAGGGACAGCUGAAGUGUGGAAUUUCUUAAGGACCUGUCCGUGUCUCUGCAUGGAACAAAAGUUGGGAGCUCCAGCAGUUGGAGAUGUAAGGGGAAGGCUCUUCCCAUGCCUGUCAACACUUGGAGUCAAGAAGGAGAAAAACUCCCCAGUUGGUCUCCGUUGGAGUCGGGGUUGGAUUGUGCCAAAGAAAAAGCCUGGAAAGUUUAUUAAUGGAAAUGCCUGGAAGUCUCAGGGAGGCUCGAAAUAGCAGGAAAAGCUUCUCUUUCCAUGUUGUCCCAGCUGGAAAACUGGGACAGGUAUUUGGGCAGCGGGGUUGUGUUAAAAGAAUCUGGAAGGUUCUUCUGGAGGUUCUGAGGGAAGUAACUCCACACCUCAAUCCCAUGAGGGUUCUGCUCUCCUUUAGCCCUUUUCUGCCUGAAAUUUAUGGAAAUCAGGAGGAGUUUGGCUGAUGAAGGAUCUUCAACUUUGGGAGAUGAAGGAGGAGUUUGGCAGACGAAGGAUCUUGGAGUUUGGCUCAUGAAGGAGAAGUCUGGAUGAUGAAGGAAAAGUUGGAUGUUGAAGGAAAUUUGAGUUUGGAUGAUGAAGGAGAGGUUUGGGUGUUGAAGGAAAUUCGAGUUUGGGAAAUGAAGGAGGAGUUUGGCUGAUGAAGAAGUUUGACUGAUGAAAGAUUUUGGACUUUGGGAGAUGAAGGAAGAGUUUGGCUGUUGAAGGGGAAGUUUAGAUGUUGAAGGAGAAGUUUGUAUGUUGAAGGAUCUUGGACUUUGGGAGAUGAAGGAGGAGUUUGGCUGAUGAAGGACCUUUGAUUUUGGUCGAUGAAGAACCUCCAAAUUUGGCAGGAAGUCAUGUUCAAACAUUCCCACUUCCCAAUGAUCCAGUGGGGAUGAUUUUAUUGCCCAUGGAAAUCCUUCCUCAUUCUGUGGGAAUAAUAAAGCAAAGGAAUUUUAACCUUC